GAGUUUCAAUUAUCCCUCAAGAAGCACAUUUUACACGUACAAGUCACAUCACUCCUGGAGCAAUGGCUGAGAAGAUUAUUACUAUCGUUGGGAUCACUGGCAAUCAGGGCGCGUCAGUUGCUGAAGCGUUCCUAAACGAGCCAGGCUGGAAGAUCCGCGGCAUCAGCCGUGACCCAACUAAAGCAUCCAGCAAAACAUGGAGUGACAAAGGCGUCGAGAUGGUCGGGGCCGACCUAGAUGAUGUCACGAGCUUGAAGACGGCAUUCAAGGGCUCUAAUGCCAUCUUCGGAGUCACAGACUUCUGGCAGCAAAUGCGAAUCCCCGCUAAUCAGCAGAAAGCCAAAGAUACCGGCAAGCCCAUCAAUGUCAUCUCCUACGAUGCUGAGAUCCAGCAAGGCAAGAAUAUUGUCGAUGCAGCUCAGGCGACCGCGGAUACUCUGGACAUUCUCGUCUUGAGUGUCCUUAGCGACAGUAAGAAGUGGUCUGAUGGAAAGAUCACGUGGAACUACCAUUUCGAGGGCAAAUGGCGCGUAGUCGAGUAUCUACAAACCACGUACCCUGAACUGUACCAGAAAUCAUCCUUCUUCCAACCUCCAUUCUUCAUGACCAACCUCGAGAAUAUGAUGACGCCUAAGGAAACCCCGAAUGGCUACGUUCUGAGCUUUCCCACCGAUGGUGACAAGCAGAUUCCAAUGUACCAUCCCACGAAAGAUACUGGUAUCUGUGUGAAAGCCCUCGUGAAGUCCAGCCCAGGCAAGAAUCUCAUGGCAUAUGGCACUGAAAUCAGCUUUGAUGAGAUAGCACAAAUUUGGAGCCAGAAUUUGGGUAAGCCGGUCAAAUACCAGCGUUGUACGGUUGAGUUUAUGGACAAGAUUAUGCCCGGUGGGAUGGGUAUGGAAUUGGGUGAGAUGAUGGAAUACAUUAGCAGUCCCGGCUAUUAUGGUGGCGACAAAGCUGUCAAGGAGUUGGGGCUAAUCACGCCGAAAGAUCUUGGUAUCUCAGGCCUUGCUGAAGUCAGGGAUUUCCUCAAAGGGAAGACUCUGGGCUGAUAAGAAGAACUGACAACACGUUCAUAGCCUAUCACUUUAUAACUAUCCUUCUUCGCCAAUGUAGAUGAGCUAGUUAUUCAAAAAUACAUCAUUCAAAACUUUCUCUCCCGUCUCACCA